AUGUCUGAUAGAAAAACAUGUUUGCAAUAUUUGAAAAGUUGUUAUCACUUUUUAACACUAUUAAGAGUUGAACCGUAUUUGUUUGCCUUUAUGUUUGUCUAUACGCUAAAGAAAGUACCGACGGAUCAGUUAAUUCAGGACAAGAUAUGUCGUUUCAGAUACCAACUCGAUGUCGACUAUUGUACAAAACUGCCCGAAAUGAUGGAUGAAGAGGACUAUCUUAAUAAAAAGUCACAAAUACUGGCCAAUGGCACCACUUUUACUAUAUAUCAGGUGAUAUUAGUAACACUGCCAUCGAUGGUGGCCUCCCUGUUCAUCGGGUCGUGGACUGACAAAUACUUAAACGCUAAACGAGUGCUUCUGAUUGCCGGUGCGGUCACAGCUGUCUGUGAGGCAAUCAUACUUGUGCUCUGCGAUUAUUUUUAUGAUAAAAGUGAAUAUCUAGUAUUGAUAUCAUGUCUACCGGGUAUAUUAUCUGGAGGAAUGUUGGCCGUAUUGGCCGCCAUUUGGUCAUACAUAGCAUCGACAACACCAUCACAUAUGCGGGCGUUACGUAUGAUAUUUGCUGAAAUAACUAUUGGUAUUAGUCAACCGUUAGGCACAUACAUAGGUGGUCUUGUAUUGAACAUGAAACCUAUAUUUAAAACUGGACAAUUACAUAACUAUACGGGUGUUUUUACUAUUGCUGGUGUUAUGUAUUUGGCAAUACUUAUUUGGACAGUUAUAUUUGUCAACGAGAAAAGGGAUAUCAAUAAAUGGGAACAAAAAUUUCCAUCACAUAUAACUGAGUCCAUAACAAGCGAUAACAAUACGGAUGAUAUAGUAAACAGCAAAUUGAAAACAUUUGAUGAAUACAAACACAUAAAACCGAUAAAAUUGUUGUUUGAUUUGAAAAAUGCCAAAGAAAUGUGGCGCACCUGUAGUCGAAAAAGGCAUAACCAUUUGAGACUACAGAUAUGGCUAUUAUUUUUAUCGUUUGCUUGUUUUAUCAUUGCACACGUCGGACCCAUUAUUUUCAUGUUUCAGUUUACACAAAAAGUCUACGGUUGGGACUCACAGACAUACAGUACGUGGUCGGCCAUCACUAGCGGUACAGGAGCUUUGGCUACAUUUAUUAUUGCACCAUUACUUUUAAAAAUAUUGAAAAUUAGUGAUAUUACACUAUCAUUAGUAGGACUGGUAUCAUAUUUUUUGCAAAACAUUAUUUGGGGAACAGUUUUAUACCCAAAAGGCUAUUAUUAUGCUCUAAUACCCGGAUGUUUAGGUGGUGUGGCCUCUAUAGGCAUGCGAUCAUAUUUUUCAAAAAUUAUUGGACCCGAAGAGUUGGGAAAGUUGUUUAACUGUUUGGGUAGUCUCGAGUCGAUAACACCGCUGAUAACGGCAGGCAUUUUUAUCAAUAUAUUUAACGCAACAAUGGACAGUCAACCCGGUCUGUCUCUUAUUUUAGUGGCCAUUCUGCUUAUUAUACCGUUUGUUAUAUUAAUUUGGAUUAAUUUCUACAAUAAUCGUAACCCAUAUCAACAAAAUGAACUAAAAUCAAUUAGCAAUUUGUAA